UGAUGCACCAGACGGCGCUUGAGCUGACAACCGCAAAAAUGUCGUCUCCUUUGGAAGAUUUGGAGAGCAACUUGGAGCUAUUCAUAGAAAAUGUUAGGCAACUCGGAAUUAUAGUGAGUGAUUUUCAGCCACAAGGUCAGACUACAUUAAACCAAAAAAUAAAUCAGAUGGUGACACUAAUGCAGGAAGUAGACAAAAGCAAAAACAAGGUACAAGACAUACAAGUACCAUUGGAAGUUUUCGACUACAUAGAUCAAGGAAGAAACCCAUUAUUGUUUACAAAAGACUGCAUGGAAAAAGCGCUAGCGAAAAAUGAACAAGUUAAAGGAAAAAUAGAGGCGUACAGGAGGUUCAAAGCAUUGCUCUUGCUGGAACUGAGUAAGGUGUUCCCCACAGAAAUGGCAAAGUACAGAGCCAUCAGAGGAGAUGAACGACCAGCAACGUAACACGCCUAAACUUUGAGACUGUAUAUACUUUUCCAGCUGUUAAAUAAAUCAUCAGUAAAUAAUCAAAAAAAGGAGAACAUUGGUCAGA